AAGAGGACCUGCGAAUAGCUCGUGUGUAUCGACCACCAUGAAGUUCCACUGUUUCCUGCUGUUCCUCUUGGGUGGGGCUUUGCAACUCUGUGGGGCGGCGGAAUACUUGUCUCAGAAAGCCGAGAGUGAAAUUGAAGCCGACUUUUACCAGGACGACAUUGACAGCCGAGAUGUUGAUGAUGACUAUGAUGACUAUGACCUCGAGGAAGGUGAGCCAGACUACUUCGAUGACGAGGAUGCCAGUGAACAGCCGUUUGGUCGCUUCAGAAGAGCUGCGGUUCCUGAUACGAUGUCGCGCUUGAUUAGACGUCACGAAAAAAUCAGAGCCCACGGUUGUAAGUUACGCGGGGGCUUCUGUGUUCAGCCGGGAGAGGCCUGCGAUGGAGAACGUGCCCAAAAAUUCUGUGCCAAAUACCAUGGCCACUGUUGCUUCCCUGCCUGGGAUUUGCCAAUGCCUGAAUGCCCAGGUCGGGAAAUAAACAUAACCGACGGCGGAGUCAUCACUGACACCGAGGGCAUGAUCAUGUCCCGAGGUUAUCCCAACAUUUACGACCGAAACAGCCACGACACGAUGGUCAUCAACGCGCCAGAGAAUUACGUCAUUGAGAUCGAGUUAAAAGCUUUAGACUUGGAGUACGAUAGCUUUUGCAACCACGACUACCUUCGCAUCGUUGACACCGCUACUAAUCGGGGUCUCGGAUGGUUUAACGAGCCUCGAAUUUGUGGUGACGUCAUCCCACCAGUUUUGAGGUCGUUAACAAACAGCGUAACGUUUGAGAUGGUGUCAGACUACAACAUUCAAAAGGGCGGAUUCAUUGCAUGCUUCAGGAUGGUGCCGAGGGAAUGAAAAAUGGAACAACUGAGACUCUCCCGCCACUGCAAAUGAACAAGUCGUACCUGUGGCGACCUUACAACAAUAACAGCAUGCUUACUGUAUAACACUGCUUUAAAUAAGGAACAUAUUUAAUCAAACAUCGCUUUGGACAACCAGAACUGAAAGGACGACAAUCAGCUGACGCCUCUGUGGAUUUUGAACCAUUUAUUGCAAUAGACUAAUAGUUUUAAGAGACUUUUUUUCGUUACUAUUUCUAUGGAACAAAUUUUAUUUUAUUGCAGUCAAUCAUCUUUACAAUGAAAUUAUUUGUCGACUAAGAGCUUCAUGGUUCAACAAAAUCACAAUAAAGAUUUAGUAAUAGAUUUGAUUAAAAACCUUAUAUUUUGGUCCAUUGUUUUCGGUUAGAGAAUUUAAUUCUAUAUUCCUGUUUUGAAAGUAUUUAUAUUGUUAGUUCAUAUGAAUGUUAAGCUAAGUACACCGAGUGGGAUUUAUUACAACCUUUAAUUAAA